UACAAUUCCUCUCAUUCAACUAAACUAAUCAACUACAUUCCCAUCCUUUCCUUGUGUAGUAGAUCAUUUUCAACCUCAUUUAAGAAUAUGGAUCAUUAUCCCGUUAUAGUGUAUUGGGGUGGGGAAGUAAGUUAUACUGGAUCCGAUGUUGGGUAUAAUGGAGGAUUAAAUACAGUGAUGUUUAUCCAUCGUCAAAAUACGACUUUUGAGGUGUUUGUUAGCAAAGUCUAUGAUGUAAUUGGUUGUGAUCGCAACUCUUUUAUGUUAAAAUUGGAGAUGAAAUAUCCGGUGACUGGGAAAAAUGUGUUAGUCCCGAUUAAGAAUGAUGAAAGCAUAAGUGCUCUUGCUUAUGCGGCAUCACAAGCCCCUGGAACGGCAAUGGAGGUUUAUGUUGAAUUGGUUGCAAAUUUGGAUAAUGCGAGGGAAGUCAUGACUAGCAUGGAACUUCCAGAAUCAGGUCCUAGUGCAUUAAUGCAAUCUAAUCCAGGAACAAUGGUGCAAUGA